UACUUCCGGAAAUUACCUCCCAUCAUCCUCUUCGAUUAAAGCAGCCAUUUUGAUCAUGAAGGUCGAGCUGUGUUUUUUUAGCGGGUAUAAAAUUUACCCUGGCCAUGGCAAGAAGUAUGCCAGGAUCGACGGGAAGGUAUUCCAAUUUAUCAAUGGCAAGAGUGAAGCAUCAUUCAAGAUGCGACGAAAUCCACGUAAGAUAAACUGGACAGUGCUGUAUCGUCGCAAACAUAAAAAGGGAAAACAAGAGGAAGUUACCAAGAAGAGAUCGAGAAAAACAACAAAGUUCCAAAGAGCCAUCACUGGUGCAACCAUGGAUGAGAUUCUCGCUAGGAGGAAUCAAAAGCCAGAAGUUCGCAAAGCACAGCGAGAUCAAGCUAUCAGGUAUGGUCAGUGUUCUCCCCAGGAAUUUUAA